CGGAAGUCUUUAAUCACAACUUCCUGUUUAACUGGCUAUUAGCAGCGUCUUUUUUUUUUUUUUGAUUUUAGGAAGCGUUUUUCCCUUGUUUAACAAAUAAGUCGGAGAAUCGCAAUUUAGAGAAAUGGACAUUCUGAAAGCGGAAAUUGCACGGAAGCGGAAGUUGUUGGAAGAGAAAGAGCUCGUGGACGGCACAAAGAAAUACUUCAAGCGGGCUGAACUAGCCAAGAAGGAGGAAGAUGACUACUACAAAAGAAGUGGAUACAAUGUUGCUCAUGAACAGCCUGUGACACAGCUGGAGAAGAAGAAGCAGCAGCAGGAGGAGACGGCGCCGUCCGCAUCAUCCAACCCCGUACUAGAGCUGGAGCUCACGGAGGAGAAGUUACCCAUGACCCUCUCUCGACAGGAGGUAAUCCGCCGCCUGAGGGAGCGUGGAGAGCCGGUGCGUCUGUUCGGGGAGACUGAUUACGACGCCUUUCAGAGGCUCCGCAAGAUUGAGAUCCUCGCACCGGAAGUGAACAAGGGUUUGAGGAACGAUCUGAAGGCUGCUAUGGAUAAGAUCGAUCAGCAGUAUUUGAAUGAGAUUGUAGGAGGACAGGAGGCUGGAGAUCCAGACACGCAGGAUGAUCUUAAAGUGCAUGAGGAAAACACCACCAUCGAGGAGCUGGAGGCUCUGGGUGAAUCUCUGGGCACUGGAGAUGAUGUAAAGGAUAUGGACGUUAUAGACAAAGUGAUGCGGUUCUUGCUGGGUGUUUGGGCUAAAGACCUGAAUAGCAGAGAGGACCAUAUUAAGCGGAGCGUACAGGGAAAGCUGGCCAGUGCAACACAGAAACAGACUGAGUCUUACCUAAAGCCUCUGUUCAGAAAACUGCGCAAGAAGACUUUAUCUGCAGACAUUAAGGAAUCCAUCACAGACAUCAUUAAGUUCAUGCUGCAGAGGGAAUAUGUAAAGGCGAAUGAUGCGUACCUUCAGAUGGCGAUAGGGAACGCUCCGUGGCCCAUUGGUGUGACCAUGGUGGGAAUCCAUGCUCGUACCGGCCGAGAGAAAAUCUUCUCCAAACACGUCGCUCAUGUUCUCAACGACGAAACCCAAAGAAAAUACAUCCAGGGUCUGAAGAGGUUAAUGACAAUCUGUCAGAAGCAUUUCCCCACGGAUCCUUCAAAAUGUGUGGAAUACAAUGCUCUGUGACUGACACACACACACACUCUGCUCCUGUGCUGCUGUUUCUAUUGUAAAUAUAUUGUAAAUAUUAUCAAAGCAACAGUCUGAAUAACUGCUUUUUAAGUAAGACCUUAUGGAAGUAUUAUGGAAGUGUGUUAAAUAGCACUUUCUUGACCCUUGACACAUCUGAGAGAGUAUACGAGUUACUUUCUUUUUUUAAUUUGCAAAAGGCUAUUGUUGUAAUUUGCUGGUGAUUUUCCUAGAUAUGUGAUACACUGCAGAAGUUUUCACCCAGAUUUUUUCCCCCUCAUGCCUGUGUAUAACCCUUUGAACGGAACAUUAUAUUUGUGUUUGUCAGCGGAUCAUACGUGCGUCAGUGUUCAGGAUGUGAGUCUCGAGCUUGGAGAGUGGUGUAAUGGUCCAUUUAUGGACUUUAGAUACUGCCGGUAUUUGCUGACUCAUUCACACCCAACUAUGAUAGAUAAAGUCUUUUUGAGCAUUCAGUGCUUUUGCCGUGAUAGACAACAGGAAGUGCUGAAUCAGAGGAAGAGUGAGUGACUUCCUGCUCCCGGGACAACAGAUUACUGUCUGUAAUGCUGCAGUCAGUGAUUUGGGCAGGAGUUAGCUGUUUUGAAGCUCACUAUCCAUCCACAUAAAGCUUUGUGAACAUAUAGAUGGGUGAAGAACUAAGUCCUGCAAACACCUCGCUAAGGUGGAAAUGUUGUCCUGUGUUCACUGGGUUGGGAACUGCUGAGUGUGAAGACCAUAGCAUAUGAUUUACAUCACUGAAAGAUUUGAUGAGGGAGACAAUCAUUUCGUACCCUGUGAAUGGAGGCGGAGUCAUCAUGGAGGAGAUCACACCCAUCAGGAUCGAAAUGUUUUAUUAUAGAAUAAAGAUGUUCAGUCAGUAGUGGUUCUUCCCUCUAGUGUGGACAAGAUGACCCAGAUCAUGCCACAUAACAGAGCCACCAGUUUUCCUUUAAUUUGUCACUCGACUGUGUUUCAUCUCUCAAAGUCAAAUAAACGGUGUCUAUAUACAGCAGUGAUGUUAAAGGCAAUAAUUACACAGGGUGUAAUAAAGAGUUUUUUAACUUUUA